CUCAGCAUCAAACAGAUCGUGCAUUUCUUUUUAGCAGUGUCGCCCGAGCUCUUCAGAGCCUCGCAGCUUGCGCUUUUUACACUAGCCGAGAUUUACUGCAGUCUUGUCAAUUCGCAUAAAACACAAUUGCACGGUUUGUGUCAAUGGCCUCUUAGGGAAGCUAGUGCGUUAUUAGCGGGCGUUCGAACGCAGCGAUGUGGGGUGUUAUCGCUGGCGCGGCAUCUCGUGCUCAGAGCCUUGCUUCCAACGUAAAGAAUGCUUUGCUAGAAGAUCCAGACGAAGAGCAAGAGGUCAACACUGCGGGCCAUGAACAAGAGGAGUUCACCAGGUACCCAAGCGUUUCCGACACCCAGCAUGCAAACAUUGACGGCGAGGCUCCACUGGACGCCAGUGAUAGCCUUCCGGUUAGCUGGGAGGCUGCGAAGGACUCGUUCGAGCCGGCAAGCGCAAUGGAACACCCAGCCAAUGUCAUCCAGCCCCACUUCGGAAAUCACCAAGCGCGUCGCAAGUCCCAGCACCCCAAGGCUUCUUCCGCCCUCAGCAACCACGAGGGUGGCGUCGCCAGGCCGCCCGACGAAACUUCCAUCGCACUGGCAGGCAGCUCAUCGGUGCAUGUAGCAAGCACUACAUCAGGUACACUCGACACAAGUACCUCCCUAGCAGCAGCAGCCCCUGCCGCUACCGUUCCCGCAGCGACACCCGUGCAUCAAAACCAAACAGUCGAUCAGGUUGCAGCAUCCGCAGCCGUGCCCUCAUCUUCCGGUCUCGCUGCUGCCGCUGCUACUGCUGCUACUACAUCCGGCAGUGGGAUGGGAGUUGCUGGUGUUGGCCGCAUGCUGGGGUCCGCCAGCUCCACCGCUGCGUCUACCAUGUCUUUCUUGUCGUCUGCCUCUUCCGUGCUUCAGAAGGUCGCCACCCAUGUGGCGGGAGCGGAGGAGGCAGCGGACGGCGCUAAGCACAAGCCGCAGGUAGAGCUGCUGAAACAGCAGCUGAUAGAGGUAACCAUGGAGAAUGACGGGCUGGCGUCGGAGGUAGCGCGGUUGCGGCGAGCGCUUGAGGACGCUGAGGAGGGCUUGGAGAUGCUGCAGGCUCAGUCCCAGACGGCGACGCUGUUGCGUCAGGAGCUCACGUCCGAGCAACAUGCGCACGAGGCAACACGGCGGGAGGUGGACAGGCUAGCGGAGAAACUGCGUCAGGUUGAGCAGCAGUUGGAGGGCAACGCUGCUGACGUGGCGACGCAUGACUCGUUUUGGAAGGCGGAGUUGGAGCAGCAACGCACCUUAGCGGCCCAGGCCCAAGCUAGGGUGGCAGAGCUUGAAGACGAGUUGGGGCAGCUCCGCUCACGUGUACAGGAGCUUCAAAGCCAACAGCACGAGCAGCAGCAGCAGCAGCGCCUGAACGUGGGUACUCCUCCCGGAACCUCGGACGCCAGCACCAUGGCAGAUGUUGAAGCUGCUGCUUCGCAUUCAGCAGCCGCUGAUGCCGCAGCCCGGAUCGCGGAUCUAGAGACCCGGCUGCAGGCCUCCCAGCAAACGACCGAUGACGCUUGCAGCAGGCUAGCGCUGCUUGAGAGCAAGCUGGCGGAUACCUCGGCGUCGCUCGAGGCCGCCAAGGCAGAGGCGGAGGCGGCUCGCAGUAGCGCCAAGGAGCAGGAGCGGCUAGCUCUGAAAGCGGCGGCGGAGCUUCGAGCACUCCAGGAGCAGGCAGCUGCUGCAGCAGAAGCGGCGGGUGCGGAGUUAGAGGCCCGAGCGGCGGCAGCUGAGGCACGCACCGCAGAGCUGGCGGCACAGAUCGCUGCUAUGGAGGUAGCGGCGGCGGCGGAGAGGACUGACGCCGUAGCGGCUGCUAAGGCCGAGCUGCAGUGGGAGCUGGAAGAAGCUAAAACCGCGCUGAAAGAGGCGAGAGCGGAGCUCCGUGUGGUUUCGGAGCGGCAGGCCUGCGACUCCGAGUCUGUGGUACAACUGCAAAUUCGGGUUUCAGAGCUUGAGCGGCAGCUGGAGGAGCAGCGGGGCGCCGCUGCGGCGGCGGAGCGGCGUGCUGCUGAGGCGGAGACGGCGGCAGCUGCUGCGCGCGGCGCUGCGGCGGCGGCGGCAGCCGCUACCACCUCGGAUGUUGGCGCGGAGGGCGAUGAGGGCCCUCUUGCGAGCAUGCGUGAGCAGUUGGAGAUGAUGAAGGAACUGUUUGAAGACGAGCAGAAGUUUGGGAUGCAGCACAAGCAGCAGCUGGAAGAUGAGCGGUCGGCGCAUGCAAGCACAAGGAGUCAGCUGGCCUCGCUGGAAGCUCAGGUGGAGUCGCUGCGGGCCCAGCUGGCAGCGGCGGAGGCGGUGGCGACGCAGGCCGCCGCGGCGUCAGAGGCACGAUUGGCGGAGGUGCAGGCGCAAGCGACAAAAGAGCUCGAGUCGGUGCGACGUGAGGCUGCGGAGGCGGAGACGACACUAAGGGCGGAGCUGCAGCGUCAGGCCUUGAAGGAGGCAGAGGCAGGAGAGUGGGCUUCGGCGGCGGAGGCGGCAGCGGAGGCGCUAAGGCUGCAGGUGGCGGAGCGGGAGGCGGAGGUGGCGGCGUUACGGCAGCAGGAGGCGGCUGGCGGCGCCGCUGCGCUGGCGGAGGCGACGGCGGCAGUGGAGGAGCUGAAGCGGCGGCUGCAGGAAGAGGAGGAGGCCCAUGCCGGUAGCAAGAAGCAGGUAUCGGCUCUCAAGGAGCAGUUGUUGUCGCUGAAUGAGGAGGUAUCAGCGCUGUCAGGGCAGUUGGAGGCUGAGAGGAAGGGGCGGCGGCAAGCAGGGGGAGAGGCGGAGGCUCGUGUUACUCAGUUGGAGCAACAACUGGCGGAGGCACGUGCUGCCGUACAAUCUGCGGAGCAAGCCGCCAGGUCCGCUGCUGUACAGUCCUCGGCGGAGGCGGAGGCCUCCCGGGCGGCAGAACAAGAGGCGCUGGCGGCGGUGCAGCGUUUGGAGCAGGCGUUGGCUGGAGAGAAAGCCCUUGUCACGCAGUUGAAUGAGCGGUUCGCUCAUGAGCUGCAGGGACGGGUGGAGCUUGCAGGACGAGCCCAGGAGGCGGAGGCUGCUGCUAAAAGCUACCAAGAAGCUCUGCAGCUCUCCGAAGCCGCUCAGCUGCGGCUCUCCUCCGAGUUGCAGCAGCUGCGGCAGGAAGCUGCCGGCCAGAGCAGCAGCCGGGGCGAGGCGGAGGCCAAGAUGGCGUCAGAGCUGUCAACUGCCAUGCAGCGCAUGUCCGCGCUGCAGACCCAGGUGGCCCAGCUGCAUUACUCGCUGGAAGAGCAGGCGAACCGGUCGCAGUCGGUGUUGCAGGAGAGGGAUAUGUUUUGGAAACGCGAGCUAUCGGAACGGGCGGUGGCGGCGGCUGAGGUGGAGCGCCGGCUUAAGCAGGUGCAGGAGCAGGCGGCCCGGGACGCAGACGCAGUGCAGGAGCUCCGCUUUGAGCUAGAACGGCUGCGGCAGGAUUCCUCCGCUGCCGCAGCUGCAGCGGCCAGCUCCGAAACCGCUCUCAAGCGAGAAGUGGAAGCCCUCCAAGCUGCAUUGGAGCACGCUCAGCACAGUACGGCAUACGGGUACGGCGAUCACGACAGUCAUCUGGAACGCGAUCUUGCAACAGCUCGUUCCGAGGUCGUACGGCUGCAAUCCGAAGUACGACGGUUACAGACCCAACUCGACUCGGCCCAUGCAGCCGCUGCUUCCGCAGCUUCCGAGGCCUCCCGUGUUCAGCUGGAGCUACGAUCCCAGGCGGCUCAGUUGGUGGCAGCAGCGGCGGAACGCGACGCUGCUACUGCCGAGUUGCGGCAGUUGAGUCACGUGUACCACCAGCACCUAGCGCAGCAGCGAGAGGAGAUGCAGCAAGUGACGGCGGAGGCGGCGGCGGUGGCGGCGCAGGCUGCGGCGUCCGCGGGAGGGUCGGUGUCACAUACGCCGCUAUCGAGCCGCCGAGAAAGCGUUCGCUCGCCGCGUCUGAACCCCAACGAUGGAGGCAACAGCAGCGGCAAUGAGGACAUUGCGGAGACUGCCGCUGCGGCGAUGGCAGCUGCCGCUGCGUCUUCUGAAACGAUGGCUUCGUUGGAGGCGGAGGUCUCGGAGCUUCGGGCCGCUUUGGAGGCGGCUGAGGGCGAGAAGGAGCGGCUGAAGGGGCAGCUGCUGCGGCUGAAGACGCAGAUGCUGCGGGAGCAGGAGGAGGAGGAAGAUAAGCUGGGCUGGCGUGUGGAGGCCGAGGUACGUGCGGCAGAGGAGCGGCUGGCAGGUCAGGUGCGGGAGCUGCGGGAGCAGCUGGAGGCGGCAAAGAGCGCGGCGACACGGAGGGAGGCGGAGAUGGCAGGUCUGACGGAGGCGCUGGAUCUUAAGGAUACCGAGAUCCAGAACCUGCAGGCUGCUCUGGGAGAGCUCACGUACGAGAGCGAGGCCGCUGAGAAGCUGCGGUUGGAGGUACGAGCCGCCGCCAACCGGGCUGUACGACUGCAGGAGGAGUUGGCGGCGGCGCGGGAGGCGGUGGCGGCAGCACAGGCGGAGCGGCAGGCGACGGAGGCAUUGGUGGAGAAGACCCGCUCCUCCCUGGAGGCCGCGCUGGCCUCGGAGGCUCGCAGCGCCGAGGAGUGCGCCAUGCUGCGUCGCGCGCUGGACCAGGCGGUGGCUCAGGCGGCCGCCAUGAGCUCCGAAACCAACGGCAUGGUGGACCGGCGCAUCAUGGGCAAGCUGCUGCUGACGUACUUCCAACGGAACCACAGCAAGGAGGUGUUGCAGCUCAUGGCUCGCAUCCUGGACAUGAACGACCAGGACCGCGCAGCCCUGGGCCUGGUGGGCGGCCGCAGGGGCAUUCUCAGUCGGGUGGCUGGUGCGCCGCUAGCCCUGGUGGCGGGGGCCGGCCGCAUGCUGGUGGGCGGGACUGCAGGUGGC